CAGAGAGCGUCCAACAGUUUCCAAACAGACAGCAAAGAAGUAACAAAUCGGCAUAUAGAAAAGCGCAAUUCCAUUGGAAUAUAUCUACAUAAACAAACAUACUACGUACGAGCAACAAUAAGAGGAAUAUACAUUUUUUUUUAACUUCUUAUAUAUAAACAAAUACUGUGACUGUGAAACCGUGUACAAAAGUUAUUAAUAAUCGAAGCCAAAAAAGACAAAGCAUCAAAGUGACAAAAUACUUAUAUUUAAAUAAAUUAUUUUCUUAUUAAGUGCUCAAAGUUAUUUUAAGUUAGAAAAAUUUUUUUUGUUUGGUGUGAAAUAUUAAGCAUCAACGCUAGUUAAUAUUUUAUAAAAUACAAGAAGAGAACUGCCACAAUGAAGUUGUGCAUAUUACUGGCUGUUGUGGCCUUUAUAGGCCUCUCACUCGGCGAGGAAAAGAAGGAGAAGGACAAGGAGCUGGGUACCGUUAUUGGCAUUGAUCUGGGCACAACAUACUCAUGCGUUGGCGUUUACAAAAAUGGACGCGUUGAGAUUAUUGCCAACGAUCAGGGUAAUCGCAUCACGCCUUCCUACGUGGCCUUCACAGCUGAUGGCGAGCGUCUGAUUGGUGAUGCCGCCAAGAAUCAGUUGACUACAAAUCCAGAGAACACCGUCUUCGAUGCGAAGCGUUUGAUUGGACGCGAAUGGUCGGACACGAAUGUACAGCACGAUAUCAAGUUCUUCCCAUUCAAGGUGGUCGAGAAGAACUCCAAGCCACACAUCAGCGUGGAUACAUCCCAAGGCGCCAAGGUCUUUGCUCCUGAAGAGAUCUCAGCUAUGGUUCUUGGCAAAAUGAAGGAGACAGCCGAAGCCUAUCUGGGCAAGAAGGUCACCCAUGCUGUAGUCACAGUGCCCGCCUAUUUCAACGAUGCCCAGCGACAGGCAACAAAGGAUGCUGGCGUCAUUGCUGGCCUGCAGGUUAUGCGCAUCAUCAAUGAACCGACGGCGGCUGCUAUUGCAUACGGCUUGGACAAGAAGGAGGGUGAGAAGAAUGUGCUGGUCUUCGAUUUGGGCGGCGGCACCUUCGAUGUCUCGCUACUGACCAUCGACAACGGCGUCUUUGAAGUGGUUGCCACCAAUGGUGAUACUCACUUGGGUGGCGAGGACUUCGAUCAGCGUGUCAUGGAUCACUUCAUCAAACUGUACAAGAAGAAGAAGGGCAAGGAUAUCCGCAAGGACAACCGUGCCGUCCAGAAGCUGCGUCGUGAGGUCGAGAAGGCAAAGCGCGCCCUCUCUGGUUCCCAUCAAGUCCGCAUUGAAAUUGAAUCCUUCUUCGAAGGCGAUGACUUCUCCGAGACGCUGACCCGUGCCAAAUUCGAGGAGCUCAAUCUCGAUCUGUUCCGUUCGACUCUGAAGCCCGUUCAAAAGGUGUUGGAGGAUGCGGACAUGAACAAGAAGGAUGUGCAUGAAAUUGUGCUCGUUGGUGGCUCCACUCGCAUUCCCAAGGUCCAACAGCUCGUUAAGGACUUCUUUGGCGGCAAGGAACCAUCCCGUGGUAUCAAUCCUGAUGAAGCUGUCGCCUACGGUGCUGCCGUCCAGGCUGGUGUUCUCUCCGGCGAACAGGAUACUGAUGCCAUUGUUCUGCUCGAUGUCAAUCCCCUGACCAUGGGCAUUGAGACAGUUGGCGGUGUAAUGACCAAGCUGAUACCUCGCAACACAGUCAUCCCUACCAAGAAAUCGCAGGUGUUCUCUACGGCUUCUGACAACCAGCACACCGUUACCAUUCAGGUGUACGAGGGCGAGCGUCCCAUGACUAAGGAUAACCAUUUGUUGGGCAAAUUCGAUCUGACUGGCAUUCCACCAGCACCACGUGGCAUUCCACAGAUCGAGGUAUCCUUUGAGAUCGAUGCCAACGGUAUACUGCAGGUGAGCGCCGAGGACAAGGGCACCGGCAACAAGGAGAAGAUUGUGAUUACCAACGACCAGAAUCGCUUGACGCCCGAGGAUAUCGAUCGCAUGAUCCACGACGCUGAGAAGUUCGCCGAUGAGGAUAAGAAGCUGAAGGAGCGCGUCGAGUCGCGCAACGAGCUGGAAUCGUAUGCUUACAGCCUAAAGAACCAAAUCGGCGACAAGGAGAAACUGGGUGCCAAGCUCAGCGACGACGAGAAGACCAAACUGGAGACGGCCAUCGAUGAGUCCAUCAAAUGGCUCGAACAGAAUCCAGAUGCUGAUCCCGAGGAGUACAAGAAGCAAAAGAAGGACCUGGAGACCAUCGUACAGCCCGUGAUUGCCAAGCUCUACCAAGGCACAGGCGGUGCUCCACCACCAGAGGGCGGCGAGGCUGGUGACGAUCUCAAGGAUGAGCUGUAAGGCGCAUCCUCGUCGUCUUCAUCCUUUCCAAGUGGGGAUCGAGUUGAGCAACUUGUCCGGAAUGGAUUAUAUAUAAAUAGUUUUGGCAGUAGAAGUAAAUCAGACUGAUAAACAAUUAAAAUGAAAACUUAAUCGCAAGCAACAACAACAACACAAAACAGCAACAACAAUAGCAACACGCAAUUGCAAACCCCAAAGCAACAAAUGGAACAGAGAGAAGAAAAAUAAGAAAACCCAUGGAACUAGUUUUUACUCGCAAUUUCUUUAACCUCACGCUAAAUUCCUAGUAGUCCAAAAUAUUAUUUUGCUUUUUUUUUUUUUUUUUUUUAAUUUUUAAUGUGAUUUUAAAGUAUUCCUUUUGGCCCUGGCAAAGCACCUUAGUAAGAGAGAGCGAGCGAGCGAGGGAGAAAAAGGGGUGGGGAGACGAAGAGAGAAAAGGAAGAAGACAUCGUGAUGUGUGUUCCUCCUCCAGAGCCCAUUAAAAGGCCAAUUUCCGAUAAUAAACAGCAACACAAAUAUAAACAAAAAUACAAACACACAUAUAACUGUAUAUUUUUUGAUAAUGAGGAAUCACAAAUCAAUAGGUUAGCCUACAAGUUAUAAAUAAUCUUAUUAAGAACUAAAAAAAGGAAUAAAAGAAAACAAUACAAA